CGCAGGCGCGGGAGUAGUGCUAGCGGUCCCGCGUUCACCCGGAGUGUCUCGCCGGACGCCCUCAGUGUGUUAAAGGUGUGGCAUAUGCCGUGAGGUGAUGAGGAGGUUUUUGUUACUCUAUGCUACACAGAAAGGACAGGCAAAGGCCAUAGCAGAAGAAAUAUGUGAGAAAGCAUUUGCACAUGGAUUUUCUGCAGAUCUUCACUGUAUUAGUGAGUCAGAUAAGUAUGAUCUGAAAACUGAAACGGCGCCUCUUGUUGUGGUGGUUUCUACCACGGGCACCGGAGACCCGCCUGACACUGCCCGCAAGUUCGUGAAAGCAAUACAGGACAAGGCUCUGCCGGGGGACUUCUUUGCUCACCUGCGCUAUGGAUUACUGGGGCUGGGUGAUUCAGAAUACACAUACUUCUGUAACGGCGGGAAGAUCAUUGAUAAGCGACUUCAGGAGCUUGGUGCCAAGCAUUUCUAUGACACCGGCCAUGCGGAUGACUGCGUGGGUUUAGAACUUGUGGUCGAGCCAUGGAUUGACGGACUCUGGGCUGCCCUCACGAAGCAUUUUACAUCCAGUAGAGGAAAAGAGGAGAGGAAUGGAGCUCUCAAGAUGGCAUCUAAUGCCUCCCGAAGGAUGGAUCCUGUGAAACCAGAAUUAUUACACCUUGAAUCACAAGUUGAACUCCUGAGAUUAGAUGAUCCAGGGAGAAAGGAAUCUGAGGUUCGGGAACAGAAUGCAGUGAACAGAAGUCAGUCAAGUGCUCCACCAGCAGAAUCCGAGUCCUCACUUACCCACUCGAUACCCCCCCUUUCACGAGCCUCUCUGAAUAUCCCCGCCUUACCACCAGAAUAUCUGCAGGUGCAUCUUCAGGAGCGUCUCGGCCAGGAAGAUAGUCAAGCAUCUGUGACUUCAGUGGAUCCAGUUUUUCAAGUUCCAAUUUCAAAGGCAGUUCAACUGACUACAGAUGAUGCCAUAAAAACCACUCUUCUGGUGGAAUUGGACAUUUCAAAAACAGAUUUUUCCUAUCAGCCUGGAGAUGCCUUCAACGUGAUCUGUCCCAACAGUGACUCUGAGGUACAAAACCUUCUCCAAAGACUGCAGCUCACAGACAGAAGAGAGCACUGUGUCCUCUUGAAAAUUAAGGCAGACACAAAAAAGAAAGGAGCAGCCUUACCCCAGCACAUACCCGAGGGACGUUCUCUCCAGUUCAUUCUGACUUGGUGCCUUGAAAUACGAGCAGUUCCUAAAAAGGCGUUGUUGCGAGCCCUGGUGGACUACACCAGCAACGGGCCAGAGAAGCGAAGGCUGCAGGAGCUGUGCAGCCGGCAGGGCGCCGCCGAUUACAAUCGCUUCGUGCGCGAUGAGCGCGCCAGCCUGUUAGACCUCCUCCUCGCUUUCCCGUCCUGCCAGCCGCCUCUCCAUCUCCUGCUCGAACAUCUUCCUAAGCUCCAGCCCAGACCAUACUCAUGUGCGAGCUCAAACCUGUCUCACCCAGGGAAGCUUCAUUUCAUUUUUAACAUCGUGGAGUUUUUGUCUACCACCACAAUGGAGGUUCUGCGGAAGGGCGUGUGCACCGGCUGGCUGGCCGCGGCGGUCACGGCAAUUCUUCGUCCAGACACGCGAGUGUCCUGUGUGGAAGGCGGGACAGCGCCGGCGCCGCAGAUAUCCAUCUCUCCUCGAACAACCAAUUUUUUCCACUUACCGACUGACCCCUCAGCCCCCAUCAUAAUGGUGGGUCCGGGAACUGGCAUAGCGCCCUUCAUUGGUUUCCUGCGACACAGAGAGAAACUCCAAGAACAAUAUCCAGAUGGACACUUCGGAGCAAUGUGGUUGUUUUUUGGCUGCCGACAUAAAGAUAGGGAUUAUUUAUUCAGAGAGGAGCUCAGACAUUUCCACAAGCAUGGAAUCCUAACUCACUUGAAGGUUUGCUUCUCAAGAGAUGCUCCCGUUGGGGAGGAAGCCCCAGUGAGGUACGUGCAAGACAACAUCCGGCUUCACAGCGAGCAGGUGGCAAGGCUCCUUCUCAAUGAGCGCGGCUGUAUUUAUGUAUGUGGAGAUGCCAAGAAUAUGGCCAAAGAUGUCAAUGAUACCCUUGUGGAAGUAAUCAGCAAACAGGCUGGAGUUGAAAAACUAGAAGCAAUGAAAACAUUGGCUACUUUGAAAGAAGAAAAGCGGUAUCUUCAGGAUAUUUGGUCAUAAAAUCAGAAAUAAAGGAAGAGUGAUGCUUUUUUUGGCUUAAAAUAGUAAAAGACUGUUACGCUGAAACAGAGACUUUCCAUUUUUAAAACUAAAAAAAAAAUUUUUUUGGAGGACCUAGAGUGGGAGUGGAUCACCUUACCGUGACAGCAGCCUUCCCAUUGGGUUUUCCACCAGUGCCUCUGUGCUUCCUGCACCAGCACCUCCCCGGGCGGCCACCGCAUCCUGGAGAACGUCACAGGGAAGACGUCUGUCUGUGUGAUGAGGCUUCCAGCAUGGACGUGGGCACGCAGGCCGACCACGUAGAUGGUUAAAGCCUGUGAACUUAUGUUGCCAGUUUUUUAAAUAAGGAAAAAAUAAUUUAUUUUUAUAUGAACUCUACCAUAAAGAUUACUCCUAUUAAUGUGUUAAAAUUAACUGUGUAUAGUAUGUCUGAUUACUUGUUAUCCAGACAGUCCCUGGCUUAGGGUUGACAACAGUGUGAAAGCCAUACACGUUCAGUAGAAACUGUGCUUCCGAUUUUGAGCAUCGAUCUUUUCCUGGGCUGGUGGUGUGUGAUCCAUCCUCUCUGCUGAUGCUGGGCAGUGACAGCAGUCUCCAGGGUCACCAGCUGUCUGUCCCCACACAGCCAUUUCGUCACUUUUAGUGUGGUACUCAGUCAAUUACAUGACAUGUUCCCUAAUAUGUGACUGUAGGCUCAUGUAAGUGCUCUGAGCAUGCGUGAGGUAGGAUGGGCCAGGCUGUGAUGUUCAGUGUUUUAAGUGCUGCUUUUUGACCUAACAAUAUUUUCAACUUCUAAUGGAUAUAUUGGGAUAUAACUUCACUCUAAGUUAAGGAAGAUCUGUAUAACUUUAUCAAAUGGUUAUUUAUUACCUAAACUAUAUUUCUGAUAAAAAAAUAUUUAGGUAAUGCUUAGAGAUUUUUUAAAAUGAUUUUAGAAAUGUGAAAUAUAUUUUAAAAUUCUGUUAUAUGAUUUAUCACAAUUACUUGAUAAUAUCACAGUUCUAGAAAUUUAAGGAAAUUUGUAUUCUGUGUAGAGAUGUGAGCAAGUACAUAUUUUAGUAAAACUACAACCCCCCUACUCUUCCUCUGUGCUCUUGUUGGCUUAUUUUUUAGUUUUUCUGCAUUAUCUUAACCCCAUGGUAUCAAUCAAAUUGUAUCCUAGGCUUAAAAUGCCUGCUUAAAUUAGUAUCCUUGUAUUUUAAAAAAUUCCUACCAUUCUGAAUAUUUGUCCCUCCAAAUUCCUGUGUUCCAGUGCUAACCUCCAUUACGAUGACAGGGAGGUGCUUAGGUCACAAGGAUGGAGCCCUCAAGGUGGGAUCAGUGCCCUGUUGAGAGGCCCCACAGAGCUUGUGGCUCCUUCUACCCGGUGAGGACGCAGCAGUCGGCAGUCUGCAGCCAGAAGAGCGUUCUCACCAAGACCUGACCCCUCCCAACUCUUGGACUUCCAGCCUCCACAACAGAGGGAAAUAAAUCCUUGUUUAUAAGCCACCCACUGUCUGGUAUUUUGUUACAGCCGCCCAGAUGGACUAUGACAAUUCUCAGUGACAAAUUCUGUUAAAAUUUGUCAGAACAGAAAACAGUGUAAAGGGUGUGAUUAAUUUUUCUAGGCUCUGGUGUAUAUUGGUUUUUUUAUUCAAGAGAUUGGCAUUUGAAAAACAUCUACCUGUCAGAGGUUUCUGGUCAUUUUGAAAAAUGUUAAGAUUUGAUAAAGCUUUAUGGCUGUUUGAU